AUGUCGAAGGCGGAUCAGCUGAUCAUGGAACGGCGGCUGCGGCCCAUUUAUGACGCCAUAGAUGCUGGUAAUGCGAAGAAAGCCGUCCAAGAAGCAGAUAAAGUUCUCAAGAAGCAUCCGGUCACUACUUGUGCGAAGGUACUGAAAGCAUUGGCCUUGAUCCGUUCUGACAAAUUAGCGGAAGGUUUUGAAAUCAUAAACACGCUAGAUGUUCCUGGUGCUCAGUUUGACGAUGGGACUCUACAGGCUUUUGUUCAUUGUUUCAAGGAGGCAGGUUGUCCUGAUCGAAUUACAACUCUUUACGAGCGCGCGGUUGCUGUGGCGCCUACCGAACAAAACCUUACGCAUCUUUUUAUGGCUCAU